ACAAAGUAUCACCAAUCAUUUACAAAGUAGUGCAGAAGAAACCAUACAACGACCAAAACCAAAAGUUGUAUUCAAAUGUAGCGCCUUGUUGCUGGUACCGACACAUUUCACCAGGUGCCACUAGAAAUUUUCUUCGAAUUGGACGGGUGGCAGCACAGACAGGCAUUUGUAGCAAAUUAUUUUCCAUUUUUUGCGUAUUGUUCGUAUUUUUGUGCAAAGUGCAGUGAUAGAAAUUGUGAUUACGAGCCGAUUCUCUCCUUAAAUAAGCGGCAAACGCAAAUAAAAUGAAAUAAUGUUAAUAACCUGUCCAAGUCGCAGUUAUUAGGCCCAAGAAACCAACAAAGGGUCAUCUUAUCGGGUUACCUCAUUGAUGGGAAGGUGUUUUAGGUUUCCACCACAACAAUGAGUGCACCAUUGUUUGCCUGUUCUCGUUGUUUCUCCCGACAUCCGUUCGAGGAGUUGUCCGCGGGACAACAACUGUGUAAAGAGUGUCGAGGGGCAUUUCCUGUCGUGAAGUGCACCUACUGCCGCUCGGAAUUCCAACAGACUUCCAAGGGAAGCACUAGCACAAUUUGUAAAAAGUGUGAACAGAACGUUAAGGCAUAUGGAAAGCCCACCGCUUGCGAAUACUGCAAUAUUAUCGCUGCUUUCAUAGGAAAUAAGUGUCAAAGAUGUACUAACUCCGAGAUUAAGUAUGGACCCCCAGUCAACUGCGAACAGUGCAAGCAGAAGUGCGCGUUCGACCGCCACGACGACGAUAAAAAGGUCGACGGAAAGCUUCUGUGUUGGCUGUGCACGUUAUCUUUCAAGCGAGCGCUAGCCAAAACAAAGCAAGGCGACGCCGAAAGGCGAGCCCACAUGAAAAUAUCACAAUUACACAAAUCCAAGCACAAGGAGGGAAAAUUACGCGGUCACAACAAGCGGCCGCAUCGCGUCGACGUAACAAAGCUCCCAGCACUGGACAACGACAACGGCAUACCCACGAAGGUGUCGCGCAACAACGCUAGCCCCGGCUUGAUUCGGGCCGAACUUGACCCCAACAGUUCCGACCACGUGGUCGCAAUGACUCAGUUGAAGGAAAAAAUCGCCACGUUGCAAAAACAGCUCAGUUUGAAAGAUACUCAGUUACUGAAUAAAGAUAAAAUGAUAACCGAACUGAAGGCGAAGCACUUCACUACGGAAUCCGAACUGAGAACCAAGAUGAAAAAUUGCCAGAAGGAAUGCGACGACAAGAUUGAGGCGCUGAAUAAGCGCAUCACCAGUCUCUUGAAGGAGGUGGCGAGUUUGUCGAAAAGCGCCAAGAAAAAUAAGUUUGUUAGCGCUUCAGCGGCCGAAAAUUCGAACAACAGUGGCAGUGGCACCGACAGUCCCAGCCUUCAGUAAACGGUUUUUUAAAUAACUGUUCGUAAAAAUGUAUAGUGCGGUUUAACGAUUCGGGGUCGGCUGAUAGUCAAUUUUAUUCUUCGGUUAUUUAUUACGGAAAUUUUAAUAUUUUAUGGGUCGGUGACAGUAAACGGCCCUUAUUGGCUAAUGUAAAUUCAAACGCCCCUUUGGAAUCGCACUAUAUAUCCGUUUGUGCACACACAUACAUAUUUAAUUUACGUCUGUUAUUAUGUAUAUGUCGACCAUGUGAGUCUUAAUUAAUUGAAUAAACUAGUUUUAUUAAAA